AGCUGUCGCCUCGCCAGGCACUAGAACAUAAACUUUCCACGUAUUUUUUAAAUUAUUUACAUAAAAAGUACCUACAUUAGACUACAAUAACAAUGGAUCAGUGGGUCAGUGAAGGAUUAUCCAAAAUUCUAGAUUUUCAGAUACCAGAUGAUAUGAUAAAAUACAUUUUAUCCAUAGAAAGUGAGAAGGAUUUAAAUGAAUACAUGAAAACUUUGUUGGACUUCGAUAACCCUCAACAUAAAGGUUUCUUCUUAGAAUUGUGCAAGAAGAAGUUCCCGAGCAGAGCAUCUCUUCCCAAACAGCAGAAAAAGAAAAUAUCAAAGAACAAGCAACAGGCUGACUUCAUCAGCAAUGAGGCACCGAUACCACAGCCGGAGCCAGUAGAAACCGACUCCAAGUCUAAGAAGAAGACCAAGUUUGUGAACUUGUACUCCCAAGAGGGGAAGAACGCUCAGGUUGUCAUCAUAAAAGGGCGACAUCACUGUGACUGCCAGGCAUCUAAACACGAGCUAGUGAACAACUGUAUUCAAUGCGGCCGCGUCGUCUGCAAGCAGGAGGGCUCUGGUCCAUGCCUGUUCUGUGGCAAUCUGGUGUGCACUCCAGAAGAGCAGAAAGAGUUGAACACAAAGACUAAAGGUGCUGCUAAACUGAUGGAGACGCUGAUGGAACGAAGCAGGCCUAAAGGAUGGGAAGCUGCUGUCUCACAUAGAAACAGAUUGCUGGAGUAUGAUCGUACCAGCGAGCGUCGCACGCGCGUGACGGACGACGACAGCGACUACUUCAGCGCCAACAGCGUGUGGCUCAACUCCGCCGAGAAGGGCAAGCUGGAGAAGUACCAGCAGUCGCUGCAUGAGAAGAAACAUGGCUCCAGGCUUAAUAAGAAGAUGACUUUCGAUUUUGCUGGUCGCCAAAUAGUAGAAGACAAUACAAUAGACUACGAGCCUGAUGAGGAGCAGAUCAGACAGAUGACCAGCUCCGGCACCGACAGUGGACGGCAGCAGCAACACGACUUGUUCAUAGGAGUGCCCAGUGACAGGGAUGUGGCGCCAGGAGUCAACGCGCCACUGCUGCAGUUCGACCCAUCAGUGGAGACACAAAGCUUCGCCGCGGCCACCGCCGGUCACCCGGGGCAGUACACGCCGCGCGUGCAGGACGCGGCGCUGCAGGAGAUGAGCGACACCGCGCGCUGCCUCUCCAUGCACCAGCCCUGGGCAUCGCUGCUCGUCGAGGGGAUCAAGCUUCAUGAAGGUCGUACAUGGUACUCGAGUCAUCGCGGCCGGCUCUGGAUCGCGUCAACCGUGAAGCCGCCUGAUCAAGAGAUUGUGAGGGCCAUUGAAAACCAGUACCGAGUGUUAUAUCCAGAGACUGAAGUAAAGUUUCCAUCGUUCUAUCCAACUGGGUGCCUGCUCGGGUGUGUCAACGUAGACGACGUAUUACCGCAGGAAGAGUAUCAGAAAAAGUACCCGGGCGGUGAGAGUGACAGUCCCUACGUGUUCAUAUGUUCCAAUCCUGUCAGUCUCAGGCUACGGUUCCCGGUCAAAGGAGCUCAUAAAAUAUAUGCGUUGGAUAAGACAAUCCACCAGGCGGCAGUUAAAUGUAUACAGAAGAUGUCCAAAAUACAUUCCAAUGCUGCUUUACAGGUCGAUAUGGCUAUCUAAUAUUUAUUUAUGUAAUAUGCAUACAAUAAAACACACUUUAUUUGUAAAGAAA